AUGGCACCCUUUCCAAAGAGGUUGCAGGUGGUCAGGCAUAAGCAAAGAGUUAAGUCGUGUGGCCCUCGGCUCCUCCUCUUUGAUGUUCUGACAUCAUUGGUCCGGCCCCCCGAAAGAUCUCCCCUUUCCUCAGCGUCCCUCACUUCUACUCCCAAGUGUUUACAGGAACUUCAUGAGCAGCAUCAGGACCAAAGAGUUUGCAAGUGACUCGAUAAGAGGAAAGGAACAUGCUUUGAUGAAACGUUUGCUUUGGGGAUCACAGCGGAUGCCACAGGUAAAGCCGCCGGGCUCAACAGAGUAAUGGCUGUUCAGACGGCCAUCAUGAACUCCCAGUUCAUGAGUUUCUGCUUUCCUGGAUCGGCGAUGGAGUACGACAUGGAGAAAAGUCUGGAUGGGAGUCUCUUGGGUGAGACAGACAAUGAGGGUGACUACAGAGAAACCACUAGGGACCUGCUGAGUUUUAUUGACUCAGCCUCCAGCAAUAUUAAAUUGGCUCUGGACAAGCCAGUUAAGUCCAAGAGGAAAGUUAACCAUCGUAAGUAUCUGCAAAAGCAGAUCAAAAGGUGCACCGGCAUUAUAACACCAGGGAACUCAGCAGAAACCCCGGUAAAAAGGCAGGCCUCUCCUGUAGCACAGCCUAGCCCUUUGCAAGGCAAAACUCUACCUAAGCGUGAUGGAGUCCAGGCCAAUUUGCAGAGCAAGAGCUUGGCAGCGCUCUUCAACCCUGUGAAGGAUAUUAGGAGUGAAAAAGCCAAGAAGCCACCCCUGAGGCACCGCAACCUCCCCCCCUCAUUCUUUACAGAACCUGCCAACUGCUCUAAAGUCAGCUCCACAUCCGGGAUGACGCUGAAGGAUUUGGAACGUGGCAAUCCAGACGCUGCAGACUUCUUUGAGCUCUUGGGGCCGGAUUACAGCAAUAUGGUCACUGACCAAGACCUUUUUCAAAGUAUGCCUGUUCGGAUGCAGCCGGAAAUCGUAGGCCCAGAUUCUACUUUUUACGAGUCUCAUCAUUUAGUUGGUGGCCUCCUCUACAGCGAGCCGUGGACUACUUGCACAGCCCCGUCCAAGAAACUGGGGGAGAGCAUGCGAACAGGCCCAGCCCAGCCUCCUGUCUACUGUCCCCCAGAUUCGGUCUCUGGGCCUGCAGAGGACAACCCGCUGUGCACUUUGGCCUUUCCUAACUUCUUCACAGACUGCCCCGUACCUCAGGUCACUUAUGAUUCCAUCGGUGGUUACAGCAGAGCGAACUUUUCAUCUCUAUGAGACAUUGCCAGUGUUGUAUUUAGUACUGCUGGAAAAGAGAGGAUAUAAAAUUGUGAAGAAUUCAA